UCCCCUCCUCGCCUACCACCACCACCACCGUCGCCGCCGCCGCCGACUGAGAAGAGGAAGAGGAAGAGGGGAGAUUCCGCCGCCGACGAGAGGUGGGGGGGAGUGGGUUGUGAUCGUGAGGAGGGCUCUCAUCCCUAGACGGGCGAGUUGAAAGGCGGCAAAGACGGCUAGCGUUGAAGCGGUCGGGCGCGGCCACGCAGCUGCGCCGCCCACGCCCAGUGGGGGAGCCAUCGCUUCUCCGGCGACGGCGUCCAGCCCAGCCCCGCACGGCGGCCGCGGGGCGCUUCCCUCGGCCGGCGGCAGCCCCUCUGACCUCCUCUUCCUCGCCGGCGGCGGUCGCCUCUGAGACCGCUCGCCCCCCCCAUCCACCUUCUCUAACAUCCAAUCAACAAAAAUCUUUCGCUGACCUGACCCUGACCCCGAGAGAGAGGAAGGAAUUGAGAUUUAAUCAUGGAGAUGAAGCUGACCAUCAAGCGGGUGCCCACCGUGGUUUCCAACUACCAGGAGGAUGCUGCCGCCACCGCCGGCGAACGCCCCCGCGCCGGCUGCGGGAGGGAUUGCCUCGGGGAUUGCUGCUUGCCCGAUUCCAAGCUUCCGCUGUAUGCUUUCAAGGCGAGUCCGAAAAAGCCGUCUUCGCAGGAGGAUGCUUCCAACGAUGAGUUCUUUGUCAAUCUCCUGCUCGGCCUGUGGGAAGACAGGAUGGCCCGAGGUUUGUUCCGAUAUGAUGUCACUGCCUGUGAGACCAAGGUUAUCCCAGGCAACCUUGGGUUUGUUGCACAACUGAAUGAAGGACGCCACCUCAAGAAGCGCCCUACUGAAUUCCGCGUGGACCGUGUGCUUCAACCAUUUGAUGCUGCCAAGUUCAACUUCACCAAAGUUGGCCAGGAGGAGGUGCUCUUCCAAUUUGAGAAUGGUGGUGGUGAUGACAGCUUCUUUGUGGAGAGCUCCCCAAUCAGUGUUGCUGAUCGUGCUCCUAAUGUUGUUGCAAUCAAUGUAAGCCCAAUUGAAUAUGGCCAUGUUCUUCUCAUUCCCCGUGUACUGGACCGCCUGCCUCAGAGGAUUGACCAGGAGAGCUUCUUGCUUGCACUGCACAUGGCUGCUGAAGCCGCAAGCCCAUACUUCAGGCUUGGCUAUAAUAGUUUGGGUGCCUUUGCAACCAUCAACCACCUCCACUUUCAGGCAUACUACUUGACAGUGCCUUUCCCUGUUGAGAAGGCAGCUACCAAGAGGAUUUUCCUUGCUGAGGGCACAAUGAAUAGUGGAGUAAAGGUGUCCAAGCUGAUGAACUACCCUGUGAGGGGACUGGUUUUUGAGGGAGGCAACUCACUGAGCGAUCUGGCCAAUGUGGUUUCCAGCGCUUGUAUCUGGCUGCAGGACAACAAUGUGCCUUACAAUGUUCUUAUCUCUGACUGCGGCAAAAAGAUCUUCCUCUUCCCUCAGUGCUAUGCCGAGAAGCAGGCUCUGGGAGAAGUGAGCCAGGAGCUACUGGACACGCAGGUUAACCCAGCUGUGUGGGAGAUCAGUGGCCACAUCGUGCUGAAACGAAGGAGUGAUUACGAGGAGGCAUCAGAAGCUUCUGCGUGGAGACUCCUCGCUGAGGUUUCCCUGUCGGAGGAACGCUUCGAGGAAGUGAAGGCCUACAUCUUUGAUGCCGCUGGUCUGGUUCAGUCCGACGAGGAGGAAGUCAGCGAAGACGAGGACGCCACCUACACGCCUGUCUCCAUUGCCCCUCCUGCUGUCGCGGAAGGCUGCCUCGUCCUUCAGUGAGACGGUAGAACAGGUUGUCGGCCUGGUAAAGCGCUGUGCCGCCUUCGUCUUCUCAUCAGUCUUCUUCAGUCUUCACCCGCUGGUCGCCUAGCUUCGUCAUAGUUAUGGUUGCUGGUCUUUUAUAAGGAUCAAUGUAAUCGAACUGCCUGGAGUCUUGUGUCUGAACCUGCAUGCUACUUGCUCCUCCCUUCCCUGCUGCUCUGAUAUUCAGACUCUGCAAAUAUUAAGCAGAGAAACUGUGAAACUGUUUGUAUUGUUUGUGCUGUUGAGCACUGGAUCUAAUGUGAUGAACAUUGUUAAUAACUACACAUCUUCCCUGA